AUGAAGAUUACACGGGGUGGGUGCCGCUUAAGAAAACAAUACCUGGGCACCAAUUUUCACUUAAUUGCUUUUGGUUACCUUUCUCCGAGGAACUGGUUACCGACAAAAUGUCUUUGCUAUGUCUUUCUUUUCUUUUCUUUCUUUCUUUCAUACUUUCUUUCUAUCUUUCUUUAUUCUUUCUCUCUUUUUUCUUUCUUUCUUUCUUUCUUACUUCCUUUUUUUGUUCUUUGUUUUUUUCCUUUCUUUCAUAAUUUCUUUGUUUCUUCCUUUCUUUCUUCUUUGCUUGUUUCUUUCGUUCUUUCUUUCAUACUUUCUUUCUUUCUGUGUUUCUUUCUUCCUUUAAUCCUUGUUUGGCUAUUUCUUUCUUUCAUGCUUUUCUUCUUUCUUUAUUCUUUCUUUCUUUCUUUAUACUUUCUUUAUUGUUUGUUUAUUUCUUUCAUGCUUUCUUUCAUAAUUUCUUUAUUCUUUAUUUGUUCCUUUCUUUUUCUCUUUCUUUCUUUCGUUCUUUUUUUGUUUGUUUUUCUUUCUUUUAUACUUUCUUUCUUUCUUUCAUACUUUCUUUAUUCUUUGAUUGUUUCUUUCUUUAUUCUAUGUUUGUUUUUUUCUUUCAUACUUUCUUUCUUUAUUUAUUCUUUGUCUGUUUCUUCCUUCCUUUCCUUCUUUCAUGCUUUCUUUCUUUGUUUUUCGUUCUUUAUUUAG